AUGAACAUUUGCAAGUGUGCCAUUGGCAGGUUCUUCGAGUGGGAUAAGCUUGAUUGUGCGGUAGGAGGAUCACAGCAAGCACUGGGUAUAAAACUACACCAACAGACUCAAAAAGCAAUUGCAAAACACCAGCCAGCAUUAAUGGCUGCUCUCCGUAAAUUCAACGCCUAUUGUGAGUGUCUCGAAGCCCUCUAUGAUCCUCAUUGCAGCAUUCCUCUUUCCAUACCUCUCCCAACAAAACUAACCAACCUAUGCAACAAUCAGAGUUUGAUGGAAGACAUAUGGAUUACACCUUUCACUGGAAAGAGAGAUAGAUGUGUUGAAGAGCAGCAAUGUCUCGGGCUGGAGGCAGACAAUCUCUGCAGAUGGUUCAGUGACGAGCUCUCAGCACAAGAACUUGCCCUUUUGACACCAGGUUAUGAAAAAUUCCUUGUCCCACUUCGCCAGCAACAGGAGCACCUUCAGUACAUCCAGACUUGUUGGACAACCUCACUUGCAUCCAUGGCACGAUUCGCAUCCCAUGCAACUGAUGCUGUAUCUUUGGCCCACAAACUCUCGGGUGUCCCGGAGGAGUGUCCGCUUCAAUGGAUCAACACAUAUGCUGUCUCAUAUGUUGUGCCUACUGAAGACAAAGAGCCUGGACCAGAAAUAUUUUCUGACACCAUUCACACAGCUUUGCAACCUGAAGAUGCUGCCCUUGUAGAUAUUCUGACUGCCGGAGUCCCUGGUGGUGAGGAUGACAAUAUUGACAUCAUUGUGAAUGAUCCUGGAGCCGACCUUUUAUCUGCACCUCGCUUUGGAUGUCCUUGUCAAGUAUUUGAGCCAAAGAAUAUUGCGCUUCUUGCUUCUCAGACUGCACUACUCAAUGACAGUUGCAUUAAUGAGUGUGCAGUGCUUCUUUACUUGGAGGCGGUGCAAUUGUCUCCAAUGAUUGAACAGUAUACCAUCCUUUCAACCCACAACCUCCCACACAUCCGAUACAAUGCCCCUGAUGAUGUGUGGAUUCUUCCCAUCCAUAGGCCUUCAGAUGUUGGCCACUGGGUUCUAUGUGUUGUACACCUUCGAAGCAAGGAACUCCAUCUCUUUGACAGCUUCGCUGAGCGGAAGCCAUGGAAAAGUGACAUCAAGUGUGUCUGGGUGCUUGCUAUGAUUGUGGUGACACUGCAUGGGUACCACUGCAUGACUCUUGGAGAGGGAGACAUGCACACAUUUUGA